AUGCUCAUCAUUGGCAUUUCAGAGACUCCGCUGCGACCUAAAGACAUCGUCAUCUUUAAAUGGCUGGUUAAAUUCGAUAGAGCAAAGCAUCGUAUGACCAAUACAUGGCAGAGCCAGGAGCUGGUGAAGGGUCUCCAGGUGCCAUUGCGCUGCCAUAGUAGUAGUGGUACAAUAGUGCAAGUGACCGGCAGAAGUUUUGGUGAGAAAGAUUUUCGUUCAGGUUUAGAAAACGGCAUUCUUCUGUGUGAGUUGCUGAAUGCAAUAAAGCCGGGACUGGUAAAAAAGAUCAAUAGACUGCCGACCCCUAUUGCAGGUUUGGAUAAUAUCAUCUUAUUCUUAAGAGGCUGCAAAGAGCUGGGACUUAAAGAAUCUCAGCUUUUUGAUCCCGGUGAUCUGCAGGACGCAUCAAACAGAGUAACCAUCAAGAACAUCGACUAUAGUAGAAAGCUGAAAAAUGUGUUAGUCACCAUUUAUUGGCUAGGAAAAGCGGCAAACAACUGUACAUCAUAUAGUGGAUCAACCCUCAACCUGAAGGAGUUUGAAGGUUUGCUGGCACAAAUGAGAAAG